AGAUCUAACGGAAGCAUCGACAGGACUGCGCUCGCCGCCGAGCAGGAACUUAUGCGCUGCCUGGCUGAGAAGGAACCCACAUUCGGCGAGGUCACUCACUUCCUGGGGGAAUUCCGCCCGGCUUGUCAGAAUGCCAUACUCCUCGACUUCGAUACCUCCCGUAAAAAUGACGUCGAGGGUCGUCUUUGGGAUGCGCAUCUGAAACUCAACACCCGGUUUCGCAAACAGCUCUCUCGUUUCCGCGAGGAAAACACAAAGAAGAAACCAAUCGAGAAACGAAAACUUGAAAAGCAUUACCUGGACUUCAUCAAGUCGAGCCAACGAUUCUACCGAGGAUAUAUUCAGCAUCUCUCGUCGCAUUUUGGAGGCAUUGUGGAGUUGGAGAAAGUCGCGCGCAAAUUCAAUUUUGAGAGUCUAUCAGUGAGCCGACGCUCGAAGAUCACAACAGACUUGCGUAAACAUAUUCUCCAGUCUUGCCAUGCGACCUUGAUCCGUCUCGGUGAUCUCUCCCGAUAUCGGGAGACUGAGCUUGUUAGUAAAGACCGCAACUGGGGUCCCGCCAUUGGAUACUAUGACUUGGCCUCUGCGAUUUACCCAGCAUCGGGUGCGUCGCACAACCAACUGGCCGUGAUCGCACUCGCGGAUGCCAACCAUUUUCGAGCUACAUAUCACCUCUACAGGGCGCUGUCCGCACAGGAACCUCACCCCUCUGCCAAGGGGAAUUUGGAAAUCGAAUUCAGAAAGGUAAUGAAUUUAUGGGUCAAACGAGAGCUUAUCCGCCUCGAGGAUGCUGGUAUUCCCGGUCGAGCCCUGGCCCCGUGGUUCGUCUAUCUUCAUGCACAGUGUUACAGAGGGAACGAUUUCCCCGAGCAUGACGAGCUGGAGAGUGAGGUCAUGAGCCAAUUGGCAGUGGACAUCAGAGAAAGGUCCCUUGAAGGAACGCUGCAGAAGUUCUGUUUGGUCAAUAUUGCCGCAGAGGAGUUCGCCAGAGCUCGAUCAACUCAGGAGUCCGUCUCCAAUGCCCGAGUUUUCUUCCAGCGUAUCAACGUGAAAACAUUUUUCACGUUCCUGCAAAUCCUCCUGGUGGAGUUAGAGCGUUUCGCGGCUGAAGAUUCGAGCAGUACGAGCAGCAAAGAACACAAGAAUGGCCCCGACAAGGUGACUGUGGUUGCGCGGCGAAUCCUGCCUGCACUCCGGAAUUAUAGUUCCUGGCUACUCACGACUAGUGACUUCCUCGUCGCCCAAAAAGAAGAAAAGGAUUCCUCGCUUUCGAUCCAAAUCAAAGAAUUUUGGAAGAUCUAUGCCGGCACUUUGACUCUUCUAGCGUCCACUUUUGAUGUUGUGCACCUUCCUGAAAUCGACUAUCUUCUGGAAGAGGAUGAGGAAAGCCUUGGAUUUGCGCCUCUGGAUCAGGCCGCCACUUCCCGCCGAUAUAUCGGCGUGGGCAACAAACUUAAGCCACGAAUGAAUGAUCCAGGUGUGGAAAGAAGCCAUCCCAACAUCGAAAUGCUUUAUCGAAUCCGCGAGUUCGUCAUUGACGGUCUUGAUCUGGUGGUCAGAAACAAAAUCCCUCUUGCGCUGGUGGAUGAUGAAGACAAAAAGACAUUUAUCUAUCAAGAGGACGGAUUGCCAACUCAAAUAUUUUCCAGUCCUCAUGGCCGUCAAAACACCUUAACGACGCCUAAUAUUGAGCGAGAGGACAUCCCACAAGCCGCCGCCGACUCCAACUCCGUCGCUGAGGCUCGUAGCAUGUUUGGUGGCUCUCAAUCUGCCUCGGCCUCCAUGUCCGCCAAUAUGCACCGAAUUGUGGAAGACGUUGAACGCUUGGUUGAAUCAGACACGUAUGAGAACGCACCUUCUGUGCCAGAUCAUUUCACUUUCAUGCCUGAUAGCGAGGACAUGCCCACACCCUCUAUCGGAACUAGUGCCAACGCCUAUGCCUUCACCGAAAAUGUACAGCCCCUGGGAACACCAAUUGCGCCUCCUGGGCUUCGCCCACCCGUUGUCAAUGCGGCAGAGCUACUUCGCACCUCUUCCUCGCAAUCCUACACACCGUUGCCCGCACUUCCAAGCAUAUGGAACAUCUCCCCCGCUUUAAGAGGUAGUACCUCUCCGCGCACACCUCCUGGUCUCGGCCAGCCAUCUCCAAUGCACGCAAUGCCUGUGGACCGAUCUCCAUCCCAGGACCAGGUCGCAAAUGAUCUGCUUCGGCAUAGUUUGAUGGGCCAGACCCAGCUCUCUGGAUCCCUUGAUGUUUCAGGUUCGCUUUCUUCUUCAUGGCUUCCUCCAUCGAACAAUACGGGCCCUGAAGCAAACCACUGGGGCCCAGAUCCACGCCGGUUAUCGUACAAUUUCCCUAGCCAGCCAUUGUCAAGCGGUUUUCCAAAUCAGUCAUGGGCAAAUGAUGGUUUCAUUGCUAGCAGCCUCCCUUCAGGUACGGCUUCCUAUGGCUCUGGUUUCAACAGUCAUCGCAAAUCAACCCAACUUGGUGCGAUCGGCCAGACCCCGCCUUGUGGCCAAGGUGGUUGA